AUGGGGUGGUGCGAGCGUCUCUCUUCUCUUCUCUCUUCUAUUCUCUCUUCUCUCUUGAACUCUCUCUCUCUCUCUCUCUCUCUCUCUCUCUCUUCUCUCUUGAACUCUCUCUCUCUCUCUCUCUUGAACUCUCUCUUCUCUCUUUCUCAUUUUUUUUUUUUUUUGAAAAGGAAACCUUUGAUGAUGAUGUUACGCUGGGCCAAGGGGGUGGCGCGAUUGCCGCGCGCUCGGGCGGUGGCGGUCUCCUUGCGGGGUGUUUCUCGAUACCAGAGCACCCCUGAGCCUGCCAAGCUCGGUUGGGUCCCAGUGGUGCUGAGCGAUCGUUCCUCUGAUGCAGCCAGCCUUGGCGUGCAUGUCACAGGUGCCCUUGCGCCCCAAGCCUUGCUGGAAGAGGCCUCGGCAAAGAGCGAAGGCGAUAAAGACAGUGGCAGCAAUGGCUUCCGUGACCGAACCAUCUCCGAGUACGAAGAUCGCAUCCGCUACUACAGUGAACCCAACAAGGUCUUUCGCUACUUUGCCACCGUCGAAAUUGAUGGGGUCGUCUACAUGCGUCCCGAAGACUUUGUGCGCGCCGUAACCCCCGGCCAACGGCAACCCACUGAACUGGGCCUGGACAUCUUCGAGAAAAAGGGCUCUCACUUUGGCUCUGUCACCUCCUCGAGCGUCAAACGCCCGCUCUUUGCGCACAACGAUCAGGGUGAGCGAAACAUGUCCCACAGCAUAACGCCCAUCAUUUCACAUUUGAUCUCGUCACCAAGCCCCCUCACUCGAUCCUACCGAGCAGGAGAGCUGAACCGAGACAAGGAUGCUGGCUUGAUCUCCUAUGAAGAAUUUUUAUUCCUGUUGACCGCGCUGUCGUCACCGCCGCGCCAGUUUGAGCUGGCCUUUAAGAUGUUUGAUCUUGACGGCAAUGGCGUUGUGGACCUGGUGGAAUUUGCGCAGGUGCAACAGGCUGUCCAGGCCAAGCAUCCUGUCGGCAAGCGCCUUCCCAUGACCGACUGCGGUCUGGUCAACGCGGACGUGCUCCAACGCAGCCCCAUGCUACAGCGGUUUUUUGGCUCCCGUGGCAACAAGAAGCUCACCUUUGAGGCCUUUCGCCAAUUCAUGGAUGAGGUCCAAGAGGACAUUUUGCGCCUUGACUUUAUCCGCUCAAACGCGGGUGCCACGGACGCCCUGGUCAUGUCCCAGGCACGCUUUGCAAGGUUACUUUUGCGAUACACGCGCAUGCGCAACAACGAGGUGGCAGCGCACGUCAGCCGCCUGGACCCCGAAGACAAGACGCCCAUCAAGUAUGAGCAGGCCCACAAAUUUUUCAAGUGCAUGCGCCGAGUGGACGACUUGGAGUUGGCUUUGGCGCUGUAUCACGCCUCUGGCUCGGGUGUGGGUCCCGAAGAGUUGACAAAGGCCAUUCGCGUGGCCACGGAGAUUGAGCUUGAUGCCUCGUUUGUCAAAUUUCUCUUUGAUCUUUUUGACCAAGAUGGCGAUGGGCAGCUCUCCGAGGUGGAGUUUAUCAAGGUGAUGAAGGAUGCUCGCUCGCGCGGGCUCAACAAGACCAAGAACUUGCCCGUGGACCGGCUGUCCGUGGGCUUUAGCGCGCUGCUCACCUGCUUGAAGCAGCAGGUCGCAGCGGGCAUGUCUGAGCUGCGCCAAGCUUCCUCUUAGAGUGCUAAAGGCCAGCUAUAGCGAGCACGUCUAACCGCAUCAAUCUUGGCAAGAGCCUUUCACAGCAAGACGCACAGCAGCGUUUGAAACCGCUCAGACUCGGUUGUCGGUCCAUCCAGGCGCAUGUUC